UGUGUGAGAGUUUCGUUAGUUUGAAUCGAGUUAGCAACGCGUGUGGAUCGCGUGUGGAAUCGAUCGUAUAGUCAGCCGGUGCUCAAUGCGAAUUUCGCAAUUACAACUAAUCAUUAUUUGCUACUAUUAUUAAUUUUGUAAUAUUGUGAUUAAGAACAUUAGCAAUCAGAAUGCCCCCCUCGAGCCGAAAAACUAGUUUUAUAGGCCUCGCUUUACUCUGCCUGCUGAGCAGUGUCACGGCCUAUAAUUAUCUCCUGGUGCUACCCACUAUUGCGCGUUCCCACUACAAUGUGGGUUCUGCGCUGGCCAAGGGCUUGGCGGCAGCUGGACAUCAGGUGACCCUCGUCUCGCCCUUUCCCCUAAAGAAGCCCAUCGAGAAUAUUAACGAUUUGCCAGUUCCGAACGUUUUAAAAGCGAUGAGCGGCGAUUUAGGCAGCCUUCUGAAAAAUUCCGAAAAGCCGAUAAUACAACAAAUUAUGGGAUUCUAUUCCAUGGGCUUGCGCAUAACUGAAGCAUUGUUAAAGGAACCAAAAAUCAAUCAGCUACGUCAGUCUAAUCAGACCUUCGAUGCUGUCAUCAACGAGGUGUUUCUGAAUGAGGCUCACUUCGGUCUGGCAGAGCAUUUUAAUGCGCCGCUCAUUGGACUUGGCACCUUUGGAGCCAUUAGCUGGAACACAGAUCUGGUAGGCUCGCCAUCGCCGCCCUCCUAUGUGCCGCACGCGCUGCUUAAGUUUUCGGAUCAUAUGUCGCUGGUCGAGCGUGUCAUCAAUUUGGCCUUCCUUAGCUACGAGUAUCUGUUCAUGAAACUGUAUUAUUUGCCGCAGCAGGAGCUGCUCUAUAUGAAGUACUUUCCCGAUAAUAAUCAGAGUUUCUACGACAUGCGCAAGAACACAGCGCUGGUGCUGCUCAAUCAACACGUCUCACUAAGUUUUCCCCGUCCCUACUCACCCAACAUGAUCGAAGUGGGCGGCAUGCACAUCAAUCGGAAGCGCCAGCCUCUGCCCCAGGAUAUUCAGGAUUUCAUCAAGGAUGCUAAGAAUGGUGUCAUCUACUUCUCAAUGGGCUCAAACUUGAGAAGUAAGGAUUUGCCGCUCGAGAAACGUCAGGCUCUAAUUGAAACCUUUAGUAAGCUCAAGCAGCGGGUGCUAUGGAAAUUCGAGGAGCCCAAUUUGGUCGGAAAGCCAGAAAACGUAUUUAUCUCCGACUGGUUUCCGCAAGACGAUAUAUUGGCGCAUGAGAAUGUCGUACUGUUCAUCACGCAUGGCGGUCUGCUGAGCACCACGGAAUCCAUUUACCACGGCAAGCCUUUUGUGGGAAUUCCCAUCUUCGGCGACCAGUUCUUAAAUAUGGCGCGUGCUGAGCAGAAUGGCUAUGGCAGGACUGUGAACUAUGAGGAGCUGACUGCUGAGCGACUGUUAACAGCCAUUCAACAGCUUUUGCAAGAUCCGCAAGCCAAGAAUCUGGUCAAUGACAUGUCAGCACGCUACAAGGAUCAGCCGCAACUGCCACUGGAGCGUGCCGUCUAUUGGAUUGAGCAUGUGAGCCGGCAUAAGGGUGCUAGAUACCUGCGCAGUGCCUCGCAAGAUCUUGACUUUGUGCAGUAUCACAAUCUGGAUGCCAUACUGAUACUCUACGGCGGUAUUUUAUUUGUGCUUUACUGCCUGAUGCUGUUCAUACGUCGUAUGUGGCGUGCUCUGCAGCAGUUCUUCAUGGGUCGUCAGGCGGCACAGCCAAAACAGAAGCGUCAAUAAGCUGAAAUUAAACUUAAGUCUGAAUUGAUUCCACUGUAAAUUAGAAUCAGAUCUGCAUCGAUUUGGGAUACGAUUUUACGAUCCUGUCAGUCCGAAGUGCUGUUUAGUUUGGUUGUAAGUGUCGAAAUUGUAAAAUAAA